CAUGCUAUCUGCCUAGGCUACAGUCUCACAACGCCUAUCUCGAUCUCGAUUGCCCUGGGUCUUCGGACAACAUACAACCCCGGCAGCUUUACGGCAACUGCUGUCUCUGGAGGGCCCGACUCGAUUUCGGCCGGCAUCUUGAUUUACACGGGCCUAGUUGAAUUCCACGCCCGUGACUUCUUGUUCGACCCGAGGGUGACGAGAAACUUGACUUCGCUGGUCUUCAAGAUUGCAUGCUUAUUGCUUGGUGCUGGCAUCGUGGCGCUGCUUGGAAAUUGG